AACUACGUGAUUAAACAAAUAUUACAUUAUACCAGAUAUUUUGGGUGAAAUAGCAGAUAUAACAGGACAGUUACUUCUUAACCCCAGACACUGAAUAACCAGAAAAAAAAAAAUAAACAAGUGACCAGUGCGAACAUUUAUUUAACAACACCUCGAAUUCCAAACAGUUUUAAACCUUGUCCGGACGAGUAACCGAGCCAAAACCCCAAAACGCAGCUCAUAAACCCGAUCAGAAUUUAUAACAGCUCCGAAGAAAACCCAGAAUAAACCGGCGAGGGACCAAACUCAAGUCCGCCGGAGUCCUAAACCACGCCCCCUCCGGAUCCAAAUGCCUGGGCUCCUCCGCGCGCCCGUGCCUCCCCCUCUCCUCUCCUCUCCUCUCCUCUCUCCUCUCUCUUUCUCGCUCGCUUCGGCUUUGGCUUUUUCCUCGCCUCCUUGCCCCGGAGAUGUCGAGAUGCCGCUUUCUCCCCCGUCUCCCCUCUGCGUUUGUGGACACCUAUUGAUUCUCCGCGCACACUUCUUUUUGGAUUUUAAUGCCUGAGUUAAUAUUUUAUCUUCUGGCACUACUCUCGGGUAGUUUGCGGGGCUUUCUUUGGUUUUGCGACAAGCGGUUACGCACGACGGCUGGCCAUCUCUGCAAGGUGUCCGUAGGUGCCCUCCCCCAGCCCCUCUCUGGAUGCUCCGGCCCCCUCUGCCCCGGGGCCCUGGACCCGGACUGUGACCCCCCCACACUGCGGCGCCGUCUCCCCAGGAUCGAGCUCUCCGCGCGGGGCCGUCCGUCCGCCCGAGCCCCCGGUCCGAGCGGGGCCUCCGGGAGCACCAGCCUCGGGGGGCCCCCCUCCUCCGGGCCGGGCCGAGGUGGGGGGCCCCGUCGUCAUGGUGACGUCGGGGGCCAUGACGUCAGGGGGGGGCAUGGGCGUCACCCCUCUGCACUACAAACCCUUCAGCUCGCACGCACACUACCAGCAGGUGAUGUCUGCCGUGCGUAAACUUCAGGAGAGCGGCUUUUACUUCGGAGCCGUGAGCGGACGCGACGCCAGCGCUCUCCUCCGCGCCGAGCCGCCGGGGACCUUCCUCAUCCGCGACUCCUCGGACCACCACCACUUCUUCUCUCUCUCCGUCCAGACCCUGCGCGGGAUCAAAAACCUCCGAAUCCACAGCACGGAAGACGGAUUCUAUCUCCAACGCGACCCGCUGAGCACCCAGGAGCCCCCGCAUUUCGACUGCGUGCUUAAACUCAUCGCUCACUACAUGGGAAAAAGCAACGCCGGCGGUGGUGGAGGAGGAGGAGUCGACGGCGCGAUUCCCGGUAACGGAAGACACGUUUAUUUGAUACACAGCGGCGGGGAGAAGGUGCCACUGGAGCUACGGCGCCCCCUGUGCGCCUCCAUGUCGUCACUGCAGCAUCUGUGUAGGAGAACUUUGAACAACACGAGUCUAGGGUCGAGGACGGAAAGGCAAGAGCAGAUUCCACACACGCUUAAAGACUUUAUGAACGAAUACGACGCUCCCAUUUGACGACGGGAGCGGCAAAAAAAAUAUCUAGAAAAGUCAAAUUUGUCAAGUGAAUGGGAAAUUUUUCUAGCACAUGUAAUUAGAAAUGUGCGAAAACGGGGAAAGUUUUGGGUCGACCACACCGAAAAGGGUUCACGUAAAAACAUCUUCAAGUAAUAACGCAGCAUUUUGGAUUCGUAAGUCGCAGUUUUUGCAAAGUUAUUCUAAAAAAUGUGUUAAUUUUGCUUUGAAAUAGACACAUUUUUCAAAAAGUACAUUGUUGUGGCCACUAGAGUAAAUUAGUAAAUAGAUUUUAGUAGAUCUGGGUAUCGGUACGAAGUUGCCGAUACGAUACAUAUCUCGAUGCAUACGAUAUAUUUCAAAUCGAUUUGACAUGAUUCAGUAAAAAAUAAAGGCUAAAUCAUGGCUUUGAUACUAAAAUUUGUUUGUUAAACCACUUUUUGUGCAAACUAAAUAUGAAACACACACAAUUUACUGAUCAAAAUAUAUGAUAAAUGAACAUAAACAAGUUUCCGUCCACUAAACAAGCAGCAAAACUGUAGUUCUGUAACAAAAUAAUUUAGUAAAACACACCAAAAAAUACUCUUGGCGAUAUAUCGAUACAGCAAUCAAUGAUAUCGAUACAGUAUCGUCACAUUAAACAAUACGAUAUAUCGAUAUUUUGAUAUUUUUGGACACCCCUAACGCUCAGUGAGAAUUGCAGUGUCCACAAGUAGUUCCGGCAACAGCCACAUCACCGCUCUAUAUCACUGCUCUGUGUAAACAAACGCUCAACCGCUGUGGGUAGAAUGCAGUAAAACGUUGAAAUAACUGAAAAUUUUGACAUUUACAGACACGGAACGGGGUUUUCACGUUCAAAAGUGACACGUUUCAGGUUUGCGGCCGCGGUGCAAGCGCCUUAAACAACUUGCGAGCCGCGCGUUCUGCCGUUUUAACGCGCCGCUCCUCGUGGUUUAACGCUUUUGCUGCCGUCCGUGAGAAUAUCGUAUCGUGAGACUUGGAUAUCGUUACACCCCUAAAAUAUACUGCCCAAAAAAAAUACUCUUGGCGAUAUAUCGAUACAGCAGCCCACGAUAUCGGUACCGUGUCAUGACGUUAAACGAUUCUACCGACUCUGACUUCCGAAUUACGUCCAGGUAGAUAAAUGCGUUUUAAAGCCGUACUGUGGAAAAUUCUGACCAAAACAAUAACAUCUCCAUGGAAACAAAGCAGGACCAGACCCAAAGAAGUUACGUAGCCGCUGGUUUUUGGUGGACCGCCCGCUGUAAUUGUAAAGGAUUAGUCAGUUCCACCGUUUUUCCCGUUUUUAAAAUACUGUAUAUAUAUAUUCCAUCACAGGGAGCAGCCGGUGACCUCAUGUUUAUUAUUCUAAAGAAAACACAUCUAUGGAAACUCCACCCUGCCUCAAAUUACUUCAUUAGUUGAGGAUUUGUGGUUUGAAUUCAAGUAAUUAGUGCGGCUAUUGUCCACGUAUCGCCUCGUGGGGUGUUGUUUUUACACGGAUCUUAAAAAACGUGAAAAACAAGAAAAAUAAGUUCGUUUAAAAGAGUUUGCGGUCGUCCAAAGUCGCUCUUCUUCACUUGCCUCAUGCAUUCAGAGUUUAUAAGAGCUUUUUGCAACUUUCAUGACACCAGUGCGGAGUUUUGAGGUGAGGACUAGCAUUCUAACGUGCACUUCCUGAUUACUGGGCACCGAAAAACGUAUUAGAAUAAGAAUAAUUGCUCAAAAACUUGGUGAAAAUGGGAAAAUUUACAGUACUUUUUAAAAUAAGAAUGGGAUAAAUUGAAAGUCAAAGUGUAAAAUAGUCAAAACGUAAACAUUUUUUGCAAAUUUGUUCAUAAAUUGGAUAAAACUUGCGUGAUUUGCGAAUAAUUUUAUUUUUAGGCAAUUAUUAUUCAAGGUGCAUCAUGUAACUUUUCUGGUUUUUCAAGGUCCGUCAAAUGCCUUUUUUCUGAGGAAAUGUUUUUGUUUGGUCUGGAAUGUUCCGCAGUAUGGCUUUAAACAUUUUUUAUCUUCACGGACACCAAACCAGACCAAGUUACAGGUCAGAUCUGUGGAAAGGCGACGCCGCUCACAGUCAGAAUGUUUGUUUUUCGAGGUGUUUUUGAGCUAUAAAACCACCUGUAAUUGAAUAAAUGUAAAGUAGAGCUGUUUAAAGUCACACCGUGGGACAUUCCAGGCUGAGCAAUGAUACCGUAUCCAUGGAAACAAGCAGAUGACAGACCGACAACCAAAAAGUUACACAGUGCAGCUUUAAGAUGAUGAGCCAGGCUAAAAAAAACCUAAACAGUAUUCGAAAAAACAAGUUUAAAUUUCUAGUCUGCCGCCUGUUUGUCGCCAUGGAAACGUUAUAGCUUUGUCCGGAAUGUUCCACAGUACAGAUUAAACCAACCUGUCACCAUUACGGGUCAGAUCUGUGGAGAGGCGUCCCCAUUCACGGAAGGAAUUAUUGUAUUUUUGAGCAACAGAAAAACACCCGUCAUGAAUAAACGCGAGACGGAAACGUUUAAAGUCAUACCGCGGAACAUUCCGGUCAAAGCAAUAAGAUCUCCACGGCGACAAACACGUGAUAGACUUUCCACCGGAAAAGUUACACAGUGUAGCUUUAAAAUGACUUGCCAGAGUAGAAAAAAACGUAAACAAUAUUUGAAAAACAAGUUUAAAUUUCUAGUCUGCCUCUUGUUUGUCUCCAUGGAAACGUUAUUGCUUUGUGUGGAAUGUUCCACAGUACAGAUUAAACCAACCUGUCACCAUUACGGGUCAGAUCUGUGGAAAGUCGCCCCUAUUCGCGGAAGGAAUUAUUGUAUUUUUGAGCAAUAGAAAAACACCCGUCAUGAAUAAACGCUAGAUGUUUAAAGUCAUACCGUGGAAUAUUCCGGUCAAAGCAAUAAGAUCUCCACGUGACGGACCCUCCAUUGGGAAAGUUACGCAGUGCAGCUUUAAUCCGCACGUAUGAUUUCGUGAUGUGGUCGACCCCUUUGACUUUCCCCGGGUUUUUAACGGGACUUUUUCUACGAAGCAGCAUGAUUUUAUGGAUACCUCGUCUACGAAACUCGGCUGCUGCUGGCCCUAAAAAAAAAAAAAAAUACACGUGAAAAUGUAAAAAAAAAGAAAAGAAAAGAUACCGAGGUCAAAGAUGGUUGGAUUUUAAUUUUGUUUUUACUCGUGACUGACCCUGACGCAGAGCUGUGCCUCGUAGAAGAUUACGCCGAUUGGUCAAUUUUAACGAUAACAGGAAAAGGCAGGAUCAAUAUUUUCCUUUUAGGGCUGACACACAGAUUUAUGGAGAGAAAACGGGACAUGCUAAAAGCCAAGCCGGGUUUUUUACAGCUACAUUUGGGAAAAUUUGUACCUUUUAACCAGCGAGAUUAAGAAAUUCGAAAUAGCGGCGUUAAAUCGCUUUAUUUGAGGAUUUAUACGGCUCAGCGUGAUUAGAAAAUUGACAUUGAAGAGCCAAAAUAACAGCGAAAAUUUACAGUUUAUGACAAUAUUGACAGGAAUUCUUCUCUAAAAUUGAAAAAAAAAACACUCGACAGGAAGUGCUCCACUGUGUUUUUAAACUCUACACACCUUCGCUUGAGUCAUUUUCAUCAUUUUCAGCCAAAAAAGUAGCUGUAAAUUUCAAGAAAUCACAAAUUAGAAGAGAGGAUUUUGAGAUUUUUUGAGGCUCAGACAGACUAAUAAUGCAGGAUUACUCAAAAAUAUGUAAACAAAACAAAACUCCAGGUAUGUUUUUGAUGCGGUAACAACAUUAUAACGAGGUUUAAAGCCCCAAAAGAGCCAAUUUUUCAUAAUAUAAGCGCUUUAAUGCUGGGACUAAAGCAGUGUGGAUUACAUUGUUUGACUUGGCCGCAGACUCCCAGCUUCCCGCUAUUGUUGCAACAUAAAUUUCUUGGAGUUGUUUUUAGUUUUUUCGUACCACCACAGUCACAAUAUUUCUGCAAUUUUUCCAAGUUAUUUUGACACUGAAGCAAUCCAGACCCCAGACUUAAGCUUGUUACUACAUGUGAACCCAAGACACAGACUUCUUCUUCUUUUUUUUUUUUUAGUUUUUAUCUGUUUGCAAAGGCCCCUUAAGGCAAAACAACACUGCAAAGAGUUAAAAAUGACUUCGAAAUAUCCAUAUUGUCUUAAAGGGGAACACAGACGCAAAAAAAACACCACAAAAAAAGCAUAAAUAUGAGUUAAAAUGAGUUGAAUUCAAAAAGAUUAUUUAAGUAGUGUUUACUUAAUUAGACUGAGUAACUUAUAACAUAAAUUUCUGAAAAAUAUCAAUGUCUUUAAAGGUUUAUCUAGUGAAAUUAUCAUUGAAUUUGAAGAUAUAAUGCUUAAUAUUACCAAAAAAAGCAUCGACAUGAGUUAAAAUGAGUUGAAUUUGAAAAUAUUAUAAGAGUAGUGUUGAUUUAAUUAGGUUGAGUUACUUACGAUUUAUAUUUUUGAGUAAUUUAAAUUUGUCUUUAGGGUUUAUAAAGUGAAAUUAUAGUUGGAUUUGAAGAUUUAAAACUUAACACUGCAAAAAAAAAAAAAAAAAAAAAAGCAUAAACAUGAGUUAAAAUGAGUUGAAUUCAAAAAUAUUAUUUGAAUAGUGUUGAAUUAAUUAGGUUGAGUUACUUACAACUUAAAUUUUUGAGUAAUUUCAAUUAGUUUUCCUUAUUUCAAGCAGAAUUAUUGGCCCAAAGAGCAAAAAUACUCCACAAAAGUGUAGUCCAUGGGUAGAUUUAAAAAGGAAAAUUGCUUAAAUACAAUUAAUGAGUAAAUAAAAAUGAACAUGUAGAGUUUUUAAGUAAUUUUAGCUGUUUCGAGUCAGUAAAUUUUGCCUUAAAGAUUUAAAUUUAAAAACAUUUCCAAUUAAAAUAAAGAUCCGCUGUGUAACCCCAGGAAUUGGUGAUCUAAAAUGACAAAAGAAAGAUAUUACGUGUGCUUAAAAUGUUCCACAGUAUGGCAUUAAACUGCCUUUACGUCCAUGGAGACAAACUAGUUAAAAGUCAGAUCUGUGGAAAGGCUUUCGCUGUAAGAAUCGAUGUUAUUCAAGGUAGUUUUGAGCGAUAAAAACAUCUGAAAUUGUUAAAAAAGCAAGAUACUAUAUUUGUUUAAAGCCAUAUUGAGGGACAUUUCAGCAAUAGCAAAGCAAUAACAUCUCCAUGGCGACAAGCAGAUGACGUAACCCCACCAGAAAAGCUCCAUAGCGCAAUCUUUAUAUUAAAAAAAAAAGGAAAAAAAAAAAAAAAAGAAAAACAACUUAAUAUUUUUGAAUUCAACUUGCUGUUUCUUGCUUGUUUAGAAAUCCUCUUUUUUUUUUUUUUUUUUUUUUUUUUGCAGUGUUCUGAGAAAGCGAGGGAGGAGCGGAGGGAGAGGGGGGCAGGGAAGGGGAGAGGAUAGGAGCGGGAAGCAGCAUUAGAAAAGGGAAAUUGAAGCAGCCGAAGUGGUCGAAACAAGGAGCUAGGAGGGAGGAGACAUACUGGUAUACGGCCCGGGCAUUGAUUGAUGUCCCAUAUGUCCAGGAAAAGGCUCACGGGGCAAAGAGUUCAACGGGCUGGAAAAAAAUGAAAUUUAAAAGAGAAAUAUUACUCUAUUAUUACAUAAAUUAACUUUAUUGAUCCACAAGGAGAGUUAUUUGGACACAGUAGCUCAUGCAUCACAAUAUAUUAUAAUAACAAAGAGCAAAAAUAGCAAGAGACUCAUGUCAAAUAAAGCGUAAUUAUAUAAAUGUAUGUGUAGAAAUACAAUUAAUACAAAAAAUAUAUCCAAUUUAUAUACAAGAAAUCAUAAGAAACAGUGUAAAAAUGAACUAAAUAAGGUUAAAUAGUAAAAUUAAUGUUGGAAAUGUAGAUUUAAAAAUACUUAACAGUGAAAAAAAGCAUCCACUUGAGUUAACUUCAUUGGACUGAGUUACUUAUAACUUAUAUUUUUGAGUAAUUUCAACAUUUUUAAAGGUUUAUAUAUUGAAAUUAUCGUUGGAUUUGGAGAUUUAAUAAUUAAUAUUACAAAAAAAAGCAUCAACAUGAGGUAAAAUGAGUUCAAUUUAAAAGCACUGUUUCAGUAGUGUUGACUUAAUUAGGCUGAGUGAAUUAUAAUUAAUAUUUUUGAGUAAUUUCAAUAUCCUUAAGGGUUUAUGUAGUGAAAUUAUCAUUGAAUUUGAUACUUACUUACUAAUUUCAAUGUUUUUAAGGGUUUAUGUCGUGAAAUUAUUAUUGGGUUUGAAGAUUUAAUACUUAAAAAAAAAAAAAAAAAAGAAAGAAAACAUCAACAUUAACUUAAUUAGAUUGAUUUACUUAUAAUUAAAAUUUCUGAGUAAUUUCAACGUCUUUAAGGGUUUAUGUAGUGAAAUUAUCAUUAAAUUUGUAGAUUUCAUACUUAACACUGCAAAAAAAAAAAAAAAAGCAUAAAUAUUAGUUUAAAUGAGUUGAAUUCAAAAACACAAUUUGAGUAGUGUUGACUUAAUUAGACUGAGUUACUUUUAACUUAAUUUUUUGAGUAAUUUCAAUGUCUUUAAAGGUGUGUAGAGUGAAAAUAUCAUUGAAUUUGUAGAUUCAAAUAUACUUUACACUGAAAAAAAGCAUAAAUGUGAGUUAAAAUGAGUUGAAUUCAAAAAGAUUAUUUAAGUUGUGUUGUAGAUUGAGUUACUUAAAACUUAAAAUUUUUGAGUAAUUUCAAUGAGUUUUCCUUAUUUCAAGCUGAAUUUUUGGCCCAUAGAGCAAAAAUACUGCACAAGAACUGUAGCCCGUGGGUAGAUUUUUAAAAAUAUGUUGAUUAAAUACAAAUAAUGAGCAAAUAAAAUGAAAGCUUAUAAUUUUUAAGUAAUUUUAUCUGACAUAGACAGUGUUGAGUCAAUUGUUUUCAGAUAAAGUGAAACAAAAUUUUGCCUAAAAGAUUUAAAUUUCAAAACAUUUCUAAUUAAAAUAAAGAUCCACUGUGUAACCUUUCUAGUUGAGGGUCUGCUACCUGCUUAUCCCCAUGGUAACAUCGCUUUGCCUAGAAUUCUCCGCAGUAUAGCAUUAAAAUCAUCUAUUAUGCGUGUGUUUCGAUCGCUAGAAAGUUCUUGAAAAUCACGCAUUCUUUCUGUGAGCGGGUUCACCCAUCCGCAGAUCUGACCUGUAACUCGGCUUGACAGAUCGCGUCGCCUUCCCGUCCCCGUGGAGAUACGUAAAUACGCUUAAUGCCUCACUGUGGAACAUUCCAGGGAAAGCAAUAACACCUGUAGUUUGACGCUCCAUCGAUGAAAACGUUGCUAAAAAAAAGAAAAACCUGGCUUGGCUGUUUUAGCGCAAAUUUCUCUCCUCGAACAACAACGACGACAACAGAAAACAUUUCCGUAAGAACUAAUAGAAAAAGAAUAAAGACGUUUAAUAUUUUUUAGAUAACUUGGUUGUAAAAUUAACUGGAAAUAAUCUCUAUCACGUACGUAGCCAAGUUAAUAUACGUUUUUUUUUGUCCAAAUUAACUAUAAAACAGAUUUUUGUUAUUCGCUGUAUGUGUGAAGUCUUAACAGUAUCAUGUCUCUGAAUGUGGAGUUCUCCAAGUUUAGUUUUUUUUUUGAAAUGCCUUUUUUUUUGAGAAAUUAAACAGAAGCUAAAGAGGUUUCAAUGGACUGGACAAUGUACGAAUACGUUUGUUUAUCAAGGAUUUUGCGAAGCUGCGAAGAAAACAUUUUAAUUCUAAUCAGAUUAACGCAAUUAUUUGAUACACGUUUUGGUCAUUUUGUGUUUUAAGACAAAUUUCUGUCUUUCAAAAUCAAGCAAUACACGUUUAAUUAGCACAGAAUAAUUAAUUUCCCAACAAUUUUUCGAUGUAUCACACGUUGAAUAUUUUUUGAGUGGGAAAUUUCAAUGGACGUUUUUCCGAACAACCGGAAGUGCCGCGAUGUCGGGUAAACGUAACUCCCGGUUAAAGCUUUUCUACGGCAAAAUAUCUGUAGAAAUGUCUCACGUUUUUUCCACCAGCUUCAUAAAUCUGCAAAUCUUCAACCAACAAAUUCUGUUCAUGAAGAAUUUAUCCACAACUACUGAGGUAAGAAAGACGAAAACGUAAAGGAGAAGAACGACGACGACGACGACUGAACAAAACUAACGCUAUGGUCACGAAUAAAACAGAAGUAACUUGUGAACUGAGACUGGUUCAAGAAUUAAAAUUAAAAAUCCAUUUCAUGAUGUCGAUAUCGGCACAGACCCCGUUUACGCUGAAACUAAUCCGCGUAUCAAUGUAUCGGAAACGAUCUGCGUCCACACACGUCGUUUCUGUGUCCGUACGUCUUCCUUAUCCACACAACUUUGAGCACAUUUGUUUACAUUUUACAGGAACAAAACUUAAAACCACCUGACUCAUUUGCAUAAACUGAGCGCUCAAAAAAACAGCUCGCUCCUUGUGCGCUGAUGCGGUUCAUAGUCCGAUUCCUUAUAUUCACUUUUUAACCUUAGUGGGAAUUUUUGGGGGAUUUGCUGAACUAUAUAUUUUUGGAAAGGUUCACCGCAUGUGAUGUGUGAAGUUUAUUGAUGUUUAUAGUUUGUUCUACCCAUAUUGUUGAUGUAUUUCAACAGGAUAAUAAAAAAAGAACAUGUUUUUAGAGGAACAUGGAGUAUUACAUGCGGAUAUUACAGUGAAAUUACAAGAAAACAACCAAACCGGGUCAUUUUUUUUUUACCUACUUAUGCAUCUAAGGGUUAAUGUGAGUAGGUCUUAGAGUCUUUGUAACUAGCACCAUUUGACUCCCUGACCCUGAACAUGUGGGUUUAGCACUUAAAAUCAACAUUUCAACUCAAUUCAGAGGCUAUAGACAUCUGGGCAAAUGCAAACACUGAUUUUCUGACUCCAUAUACUAUAACCUUUCCAAAAAUAUAUAGUUUAGCAAAUCCCCCCCCCCCAAAAUUCCCGCAAAAGUAUAAAAGGAACCGGACUAUCAGCUUCUGUUGCACUAAAGGACACGACUCAGUGGAAUAUGAGUGUUGUUUCUGUGACAGAGGGGUGUUCUGCUGAUGGUGAGUCUGUUCUGUGUUUCUGUCGUGUUGGAGAUGGUUCAUGUGAAACUUUUCAGAGAUUAUCAAUCAAUCAAUCAAUCAAUCAAACUUUAUUUGUAUAGCACUUUUCAUACAUUUGAAAUGUAGCACAAAGUGCUUCACAUGCAACAGAAACAUUUUUAAUACAUUAAUUAACACCCCCCCCCCAUACCACAAUUUAAACAGAAACAUAAAAACAAAAAAAACUAAUAAACAUAAAGCUCUUAAAAGUUAUAGUAAAAUUAAAAGUGUAUAGCUAAGACCAGAUGGAGACAAAAUAAAAUAGUAAUGAUAAUUUAAUUUAAAACUACCAUAAUAAUAACAAUAAUAAUGAUAAUUGAAGUUAAAACAGGUAAAAGUUUCAGUUAAAAGCUAAAUUAAAAAGAUAUGUUUUAAGUUUACUUUUAAAAAUAUGAACACUCGCAGCGGACCUCAGAUCCUCAGGCAGACUGUUCCACAGACGGGGGCCGUAAAAGCUAAAAGAUGCCUCACCGUGAGUUUUAGUUUGAACUCUUGGGACAGUUAAAAGAAGAUUACCUGAGGACCUGAGAGUCCGAGAGGCUCAUAUGAUAAAAGCAGAUCAGAUAAAUAAAUAGGACUAAGACCAUUAAGAGCUUUAUAAACCAAUAAAAGAACUUUAAAAAUUAUACGUCUGCAGGUCGACACACAGACACACGUUUAUAUGAAUGGACAAAUAUUCUCGCCUCUUAGUGUUUUGGCGGUGAAUUACUUCGCGGCGCACAGAUCUACAUCAGAGUAUCAGUGUUUUCAGGCGUCCACACGGCGCCGGAUCAGAUCUAUACUCGGAUGAAUUCGUGGGAGCUGGCGGCACCAGAUCGUUCCGUCUCUGGAGCCGUUUUCAGUCGGAUUAGUGCGAACGAACACUGCGUCCGCGACUCGAAUACGAACUAGUGUGGACGUGCGUGGCGUGCAGUUUAAAUGUUAGACAUGUAUCUGUGAACAUCUGUAGCAUUUAAACUGCACAAAUCUCUCUAUCUAUGUUAAUAUCGACAUCAUGAAAUCGAUUUUUAAUUUUAAUUCUAGAAUCAGUCUCAUUUCACAAGUUACUUAUUAUGAAUUACGUAUUAAUUAUGUUUUAUUCAUGACCAUAACAUUAGUGUUGUUCAGUAGUUCACCAAUGCGUCGUCGUCGUUCGGUCUUUAAGUUUUCGUCUUUCUUCCCUUGAUAGUUGUGGGUAAAUUCUUCAUGUUAGAAUGUUUAUCCUUUGUGGACCUUGUUCGAUGAAGAUUUGGUGAAGGUUUGGAAAAAAUGACGCACAUUUACACAAAUAUUUUGCCACAGAAAACCAUCGACCGGAUGUUACGUUUACCCGACAUCGCGGCACUUCCCGACUUUGUGAAAAACGUCUAUUAUUGGCAUUGCUUAUCGUCAACCAUUUUAGUUUUUAGUUUUGUUUUUAGAUAAGUUUAGCUUGAGUUUCCACCAAAUUACAUAAAAACUAAAAAACUUAAUCUUCAUUUCAAAUUUUUGUGUAAUUUUAAAACUAAAAAAAUUUAACAUGGCUGCAGCGUAAUGUAACUUCAGUAAAUUUAAAAAAUGUAUUUUGAAACCCAUGUUAUUUGUUUCCAUGACUUAAUUAUCAAAAAAAUACACAUUCAAAAAGGUUGUGGGUUCAAAUCCCAAACUCAUUCUGUACAAAUUUCGUCAAAAAUCUUUCUUAAUGUCUCAAAAUCCUGGAUACACAAAUACGUUGUUCAUGAAAGGGUCGAUAUUACGCCAUGUUCUGUUCUAAUGUUGUUUCCUCGUCUUCUGUGAAAGUAAAAACACUCUGCUCCACCUUGUGAUGUCACGUGGUGGUACAGGAAGUGCUCCACUGUGUUUUUAAGCUCCGCACAACAGAGUUUCUUCGCUAGAAUCGUUCGGAUCAUUUCAGCCCGAGAAUUGCCAAUUUCUACUAAACAAAAAAGUUAAAAUGGUAGAUGUUAACUUGAAAACGACCACUUUAUGACAUCACAAGGUGCAGCAGAGCGAUAAAGAGUUGCUCAAACACGUGUGAAUGAAAAAAAAAACACAACUACAGGUUUGUUUUCGAGGAGGAAACGGCAUUAUAACAUGAUUUAAAGCUCACAAGAGUCAUUUUUUUGUUUUGUUUUUUGCGUAAUAUAGAACCUUUACGAUUUAAAUCAAGUUUAGUGAUUUUUUUUUUUUUUUUAAUGCCUUUUCUUACACCAUUUCGUGACCUGGAUUUGACGGAAAAUUGUGCUUUUAUUUGUAUUCUGUAUGUUCUCAUGUUAACCUGUGAGUAUAUCGUAGAGGAGCUAGAAUUCUUGGUGUGACGAUUUGUAAAUUUCUUUGGUCAAAUUUUGAAAUAGUUUUUGUUUUUGACCACAUGUUUGUAAGUCGUUUAUGUCUUUCAUAAAGACGUCUGGCAAAAAAUACAAGCUGUAAAAUAAAUCUCAAAUGAAAAAACAAAAACAGAAAAUAAAUGAAAAAGGAACGUUGCACAUUUAUAUUUAUAUUUCUAAAGUAUUUCAAUAAUUUAUAUUAAAGAGCACUAUUUUUACAAAAGUCA